GGCAUGGUAUUUAUGAUACAUAUUUUGAAUGUUUACAAAAAACUGCAUUAAAAAUUUGGAAAAAUCUUGGUCAUAAAAAAUCUUCUGAUCAAGAAUUGCAUGCACAAAUUCGUAAAUAUUUUGAUCAAGAUAGUUGUUAUAAUUCACCUUACACACCUAAUUAA